AUGGCCGACGAAGAACUUGCAAGUUAUAGGCUUCAGUUUCAGCAGGUCGAAGCUGCUCUUCUAGGUGAUCCAGAUAACGAGGAAUUAAAGAAACUCAAAGCAGAUCUUGAAGAAGUUAUAGCACUUCAGGAAGAAUUAGCCAGUACCACGGCGUCUAGUUCUGCCAAUGAAACUGCCAGAGUAAGCGCACCCGCCAAGAAAUAUGAGGUUGGCGAUCGUGUCAUGGCACCCUUGCCCAACGGAAAUCGUGGUGUGGCUGUUGUGGACUCACUCACUGCUGCCGGAGUGGCGGUUUUAUUUAUCAGUAGCGGUCAGAGCAAUCGGUUGACUUCCGAUCUGAGCGCUGCUCCCGAUGGGGGUAAAAAGCACUACGUAUUUGACACUCGUAGUGCUAUUUCAAAGAGUGCAGCCAAUAAAAAGGAAUGGCUCGCUGAACGGGAACGACGCCGUCUGCGAGCUCAGAAAAAGGAGAUGAAGAGGAAAGAGCUUGACAUAGCAAAGGAAACUGAGAAAAACAGUUGGCUCAAGUUCACUAAUAAGGCAGUCACCAAGGGAAUUAAGGGCAUGAAACGAAUAGUAGCGACCGGUUCUGCUCAAGAUGGCCCUGCAGGAGGAGUGAAGUCUCAGACUAUCGUUUCGUCGCGGGCCAAUCAGUUUGCAUUCAAAUCGGCACGAGGCGCUAUGGAUUCUCUAUUUUAA